AUGCAUCAGCUAAUUAUUUUUUCUAGGUGGGCCGCAGAAAGGGAGAGCAUACGCGAGCGAUCCGACCCCGGAAAGCAGCACAGGGAGGCCAUGGAGAUCGACCAAAGCCUCUACAACCUACCCCAUCCGGCGCUCUGGGCUCUUUUUGAAAGGGCUGAGCCGAGAACGCUGAUGAGACUCCUGAAGUCAGAUGAGCGCCUUUUCGCUGCCGCGAAAACUUGGCCGGACAAACGGUUUGGAAUGAUCACGUGUGUGGCCCACAAGCCGCGUGCAAGAGAGAUAGCAUUCCAAACCGCACGUGCAGAGGACCUUCUUCGCCAUGCACACGUGGAAUGUUUCGAAUAUGACUCCCGCGCCCGACCUCCCGAGGCCGCAGCGAGAAGCGUACGAUGUGUGAAAAUCCUUCGAACGGACAACCCGGACAACAUUGCCCACGUAAUAAGGACGAUGCGCCCGGUACGAAUCGAAGCCGACAACAUUUGGAGCCCAAUGAGCCCGGAGCUCCGAGACGCCCUCUCCACAGCCAAUCAAAUCUCACUUGGCCACGUCGAGGACCCGGAUGUGCUCGAUUUUCUACUAAAAAAUCCGUUUGAUGAGGUGUGUUUGACCUGGCGACAUCGCCACGACAACGAUCUGGCGACUCUAUUCAAUGUGGUACAAAGGAUAAUGGAGCGCCGAAACGAUACGACGCAGUUGAUGGUUAAUUUCCGGCCGCCGCUCGAUGCAGGCCACUUGAACCCCCAAAUCUUCGGUCCGGCCUACCCGCUGACGCAGAACUAUGACAUCUGGACGUGGCUCGACGUAAGGAACGGGAUCGUCGUGAAGAGAAUAAGCGUCUGCCCUAAUGGCCUGUCAAUUCUA